AUGAUCGACCACAAACACAUCAUUGUGUGCGAUGGCUGCCUUUCAAAUCUGCGCAAAUCUCUCAGUGCACCGAAGGUUGAAAGUCCCUCUUGUUUUGUUGGUUUGAUCUUGGAGAACUGUGAGCUUCCACAUGCAAAUCAUGGACAUGUCAUUUUGGGAGAUCCUUCACGUAUCUUGUUUUAUCCCAUCAGUAGCACAGAAGUUCGCUGUUUGGUGGAUGUACCUGGAACCAAAGUACCUUCAGUAGCUAAUGGUGAAAUGGCUAACUAUUUGAAAACUAUGGUGGCUGCUGAGAUUCCCCCACAGCUGCACAAUGCUUUUAUGGUCACAGUAGAGAAAGGAAACAUCAGAACAAUGCAAAACAAAAGCAUGGCUGCUAAUCCUGUCCCCACUCCUGGUGCAAUUUUAUUGGGGGAUGCAUUCAACAUGAGGCAUCCUUUAACAGGAGGAGGAAUGACUGUGGCUCUUUCAGACAUUGUUCUUCUCCGCGAUCUUCUUAGACCCCUAUGUGAUCUCAAUGAUGCACCAGCUUUGUGUAAUUACCUAGAAUCAUUCUAUACACUGCAUAAGGUGCUUUGUACAAGGUGUUUUGUGCAUCACCUGAUCCGGCAAGACAGGAAAUGUGCAAAGCAUGUUUUGGCUAUUUGUGCCUUGGAGGCAUCUGUUCAUAUGGACCAGUAUCUCUUCUCUCUGGUCUUAACCCUCAUCCACUGCACUUGUUUCUCCAUUUCUUUGCUGUUGCUAUCUAUAGUGUCGGCCGCUUAAUGCUUCCAUUCCCUUCACCUCAGCGCAUAUGGCUUGGGGCUCGAUUGAUCUUGGUUUGUUAAUUCCUAGAACUUUUGUAUGAACAUGUUUGUCAGUCACACAUUUGCAUAUUGCAUAGUUGUUGCUUAUAAAAAUCUUUCUGGAUUUUAAAUUUCGGAGUGCAUCAGGCAUCAUAUACCUGAUUAUAAAGGGUGAAGGAGUAAGACAGGUGUUUUUUCCCGCAACAGUGCCAGCAUUUUACAGAUCUCCUCCUGUUCACUGAAGAAAUGGAAACUAGCGUAUCUGGAGAAAAACAUUGACAGUUUUGACACCCAAUUCAAGUUAGAAUAGGAAUCCUUGUACUUCAAGAUUAUGUACUUUGUACCUCAAGAUUAUGUACUUUGUAAUCCCUAUAAAAGGAUUGUUAUUGUUAUUGCCAAAAUUGGAAUGUUAAUUUGAUAUUGAAAGGUCUUUACCUGCA